AAUACAAAUUCCAUAUUGUAUUUUUCCCAAUUUCCUUCAGUUAUCAGUUCACGUAUAGACACUGUUUGUUGAAGACGUUUGGUUGUGCUAUAUCUACCGAAUGAGAAUCAUGUCUGAAGGAGAGAAAGUUGAUUUCCAGAAAUCCCUUCAAUCUAAUGGAAUUGGUCAUCUGUAUCCACUGUUUGCAGCGAAAGGAGUGCAGACUUUUGAACAGCUAUCAGAUGCCGUAGUAGAAUGUAUAGUAGUUGAUCUCAAAGAUCGAGCAGUUAUCGAGUCCAUGCUCGAACAAUUGUUGGAUGAGAGUAUAACAAAUACAACGGUACACCACAAAACAAUUUCAGGAGACGAAUUUUUCAACCUCUCAAAUAUUACGGAUAUUCCUGGAACACCAAGUACUUCAAAACUCUCAGAUAUUACGAAUAUUCCUGGAACUCCGAAUACUUCUAGAUUCUCAGAUGGUUCAUUCUACAAUUCAAGCAGUAUAAGUACAGGUUCCCGUAGUAAGAGAAAUGUGAGAGACAUACUAGAAAGAAGUCUAGAAGGUGAAGUUGUGCUCUCUGGGGCUCAAAAUAAAAAAAUCAGUAGAAGACAACUAGCCAAGCUCCAAAUAGAGGAAAAGUUGAAUGAAGAUGUCAACAAAAAUAUUGCGGACAUUCAAUCUAAUUUGCUGUAUAAAAGGAAUAAAUACAGUCAGCUCAAACUUACCAUGCAGCCAAUACUCAUUUUAGUAGGUCAAAGCAUUCUCAACAUAGAAAAGUCAUUCGUCAGUGUGAAUGAUAUUCUCUGGAAAAUGGAGUCACCUUUGAAAGCUAUCGAUUUGUGCUUUAUGCCAAAUAUCCUGCAGAGAGUGAAAUGGUAUGGACAUUUGUGCAACAAUCAUUUUAUGAAAUUUUUACUGAUUAUGAUGACAGAUGCAAAAGACAAGUCGCUUUUGGAUGAUGUAAGCGCUCUUAUUAUAGAAGUGGCUAGAGGUGUUAUCAUUACCCAAGUGCUACGCAUGUUCAUUGCAUCUGACUGUACCUCAUAUACUACGAAAUAUUUGGCAUUUCAUACCGAUGCAGGAGAUCACAGAAAAAAAUAUAUACUAUAUGCAAGAAUAGUAGUCUUGACUGAAAGAAUUGAAAACAAACAGGGUCAACCACAACAAAAACAACCAUCAAUAACGACAAAUAUAAUACCAUACAUUCCCGGCAUAUCUGAAAAAAUAAAACGUGUUGGUGAUAAAUUUCAAGUGAAAACUGUGUUCAAAACUGAAAAUACAAUGAGAUCAAUUCUAACUCAAACAAAGCCGAAAAAUGAAGAACAAUCAUCAAAAAAUUGUAUUUACAGUAUACCUUGUGUUUGUGGAAAGUUUUAUACAGGUGAAACCAAGAGACCUCUUUCAGUAAGGACGAAGGAACAUAAGUACAAUAUAAAGAAAAGAAACAUCGAUAAAUCGAAACUAGCUGAACAUAUCCUUACUGAAGACGGACAACAUAUGGCAGAGUGGAAUAAUAUUAAAAUUAUUGGAAAAGAAGAUAACAACCAGAAGAGAAAAAUCAAGGAAUCUGCUUGCAUUCUUCUGAACGGAGACAAUAACAUUGCUUCUUGUUCAGUUGAUAUAGACAGAACAUGGUAUUCACUACUAAAAUCUGAACAUGAAAAUGACUACUAUAUAGCCACCAAAGGCCUUGUAGAAUUAACAGAUCCUGGUCGAGCAAUGACUCCUGGGAAGAAUAGUGCUCCUGGUAGGAUAACUCCCGUUGUAGAACUCCCGGUAAAAAAACUCCCGGUAGAAAACUCCCGGUGA